UGGAUCAUUGACUGUGUCUCGAGACAAGAUACAUUUAAAAGUCUUGAGAGAAGAAAAGCAGCGAUGUUGAACAAUAAAGAGGUCGACAGACCAGAGGAAGAUGACGAGGCCGGUGGAAGAUAACGAAAAAUGAAAGAUCUUUUAACCGAUAGCAAGGUGAAGGAGCUUCAGGCCAUGCUUUUUCCGGUUCAUCCGAUCCCUGGCAGUACGCUGGCAAACUUGAACAAACUGCAGGAGUUGCACUUGCUGCAACUAGGACGAUGCGACGCACCACGAAGGGAAACGGAGUUAUCACUGUUCUCCAUGCCCUUUGGAACCAGAGAUGAUCAAUCGCAAGAAACUCUUCGGAGCAUAUUGGAUACUCACUGCAUGAUAGACGGUAUCACCCAGGAGACUGCUAGAUGGCCCACAGAGUGUCAAGUACUUCCGGGAAGAGUUAGGCAUAUAGAAUACUCUCCAGCCGUUCCAGAACCGUUCUACGUGCCAAGCGGGAAGGAGCCAAGGCCAAAACCAUUGGGCGAUGAAUUUGGAACUGUGAUAUUUCGAUAUCAUCCAACCAAUGUCACCAGUUACUUUAGUAGAUCUUGUGUGGGUGGAAACACGGUUGCACCGUUUCCAACGGAAUUUUCAGCCGAUUCAAAUGGAAACGAAUCGAAGAACGUCGAAACUAAUAGCAAUAUGUUCUUAUUGACCAAAGUGUCUGACCUAAUGGAAAAUAACACCGAUUUACAUUUUGAAUCUCGUUUCGAAUCUGGCAACCUUUGCAAAGUUGUGAAGAUCACCGACACGUAUUACCAAUUGUAUCUUAGAAAAGAUCUUUAUACUCAAAGACAUACCCAAUGGUAUUACUUCAGGAUAUCAAAUACGAGGAGCAGAACGAAUUACAGAUUGUCCAUUGUGAACCUUUGCAAAGAAGAAAGUCUAUACAAUGAAGGACUUCGGCCACUCUUGUACUCAACCGAAGAUGCAAAGAAGCGUGCCGUUGGUUGGAGAAGAUGCGGAGAGAACAUCGCUUAUUACAAGAAUGAUUCAUCAAGCAACGAAGAAAAAGAAAAGCACACAUUGACAUUCAACGUCUCUUUUCCUCAUGACAGGGACAUAGUUUAUUUGGCACAUUGUUAUCCAUACACCUAUACUGACCUACAGGAAUAUCUUGCCAAACUAGUGGCAGAUCCUAUAAAAUCUAGAUAUACGAAAUUACGACUCUUGUGUCGUACACUUGCCGGAAAUGGAGUCUAUUAUUUGACUAUCACUGCGCCUACUUACGAUGAGGUGGUACGAAGGAAAAGAGGCAUAGUUAUCACGGCACGAGUUCACCCUGGAGAAACUCCGUCUAGUUGGACGAUGAAAGGAAUUAUUGAUUUUUUAACCGGAGAAUCGAAUCAAGCUAGAGUAUAUGCUCGACAUAAUCUUGAUCUUAAUUUAAUUUUUUCUUUUUCUUCCUUCUUUUUUUUUUUUUUUUUUAUUUUAAGAUGUAACAAGACUUUAACAACGCAGGUACUACGAGAAAGAUUUGUAUUCAAGCUGAUUCCUAUGCUAAAUCCGGAUGGCGUUAUUGUUGGCAACAAUCGUUGCUCGUUAUCGGGGAAAGAUUUGAAUAGACAAUAUAGAACUGUAAUGAGAGAAAGUUACCCUUCAGUCUGGCAUACAAAGUUAAUGAUUCGACGAUUACUGGAAGAAUGCGGAGUGGCCAUUUAUUGUGAUUUACACGCUCACUCCAGAAAACAUAAUAUAUUUGUUUAUGGCUGCGAGAGUAAAAGAACCGCUUCACAGGCGAGACUCUCCGAACAAGUGUUUCCUCUGAUGUUACACAAGAACGCAGCUGACAAAUUCUCUUUUGAAAACUGCAAAUUUCACGUGGAGAAAGGUAAAGAAGGUACGGGAAGAGUCGUAAUAUGGUCUAUGGGAGUGCAGAAUAGUUACACAAUGGAAGCGUCGAUGGGAGGGACGAAAAUAGGCUCUAGAUCAGGCACGCAUUUUUCUACUCAGGAUUACGAGCAAAUUGGAAAAGUAUUCUGUGAAACUCUGUUGGAUUUCUUUGAUCCAGACCCUAUUAAGGAGAAGCUACGGAACAAAAUAAUUACUAGGUUAAUGAAGGGUGGCUCCAAUGCCGAGGAACCGACGAAUAUUGAUUUAACCGACUACUCCAGCGACGAAGGCGACACGUCGGAUAGUUCUAUCUCAGAGGAACAGGAAAUACAAUUUCCAGAAGGUACAUGGACCUAUACUUUGAAGGAACCACUUGUGUCUCCACAAUAUUUAUGCGCACCACCACCUACACCAACAUUUAUUCCUCCUCGAAGUUUAGAACUAGCAAAAAGGAAAAGCAAAAAGGGAAUCACCGUUAACAGAAGCUACCUUCGACGCAAACGAAUGCUGACUAGAAGAGCAGUAAUGGAUUUACCAACUCUGGACCCGGGCAGCGAUUUGUGUGACUAUAUUGAUUCAGCGGAUGAAGAACUGACGAGGCCAGAACGUUUCUCAGCAAGAAUUCGCGAAAAUUGCAAAGAAGAAACUAAUCAAUUCGUGGAUAAAGAAACAAAGGAAAUCCCCAGUGAUGGAUUAAUCUUGCCGGAAAUAGCGGAAAUAGCGAGACCUCGUAGUAUGUCUUUAGCUGAAAAUAUAAAUGUCGAUAAGGAAGAACCGAAGGCGAACAGACGAUCCCAUUGUCUUCGCUUGGUUAGGACAUUAAGACAUCGUUCACCUGUUGCGUUAAGAAGUCAAGAUAUACAAAUUAAGCUCAGUUCACUGCGGCAACAAAUAUGGAUGGGAGUUCCACUGAACGUCGCAGAAAAUAUCGAUAAAAGAGUCAAGCAUCAUAUUCCAAAGGGACCAUUAAGUUGGGGAAUAUCCAAUAUGGCAUUAACCAAAAAUAAAAUGAAUAAUAAAGUAUUACUGAAAGGCACCAAAAAAUUGCAAUUUGUCGAAUAUAUUAAUACGGAAAACAACAUGAAAGAAAUACAAAAUAAAUAUAAACGUGAAGAUACGAUGCGUUCAAAAGACAGUAGUUUGGGAGUGGAAUCGCAGCGGCAAAAUGCUGAGCAGAAGCCAAGGAAAACGAAGUCUCCUCUUAAGUGGCAGAAGAUAGUUAAUCUAAAUUCUAGAGUAGAAGAAAUGUGCAACCGCAAAACAUCCUUUUUAACAAUUAAAGCAGACUCUUUAAAACUGGUCACGCUUGAAGUACCUUCAAAGAUUCAAACGCGACAGCACAAAAUCGAAUCUCGAAGGAAGCACCGGAAAAGUUGUGCCACCUGCACUGUUUCUAACGGUGAAAAAAUAUCGAGCGUUACGAAAUCUCAAUUGCAUUUGCAAUCGCAUUCACGAUCCCACAUACAAUUGCAACCCCUAAUCGUUCCUUUGUGCGACAGUUUUUCAUCGGAAAACGACUCCAUCGAUUCUCGUACUCAAAGAGCCUCAAAGAAGAAAUAUAAGAAAAAGAAACUGAAGAAAAUGAAGUCGACUCCUGCAACGGGAAAGAAAAAGCGUGUCACUAGCGCGAACAUAUUACGCAAUCCCUGAAAGAUUUCGUACAUAAACAAGAAUGUUCCGUUGAA